AUGCAGGCUAUCAAUGACGAAAGUGAUCAUCAAUCUAAUUGUAUUUAUAUUGACGGACCGGGAGGUUCAGGAAAAACUUUUAUAUACACAACGUUGUGUCAUUUACUAAAAAGCCAAGGCAAAGUUGUUUCUACAAUGGCUUAUACUGGUAUCGCAGCAACUCUUUUACCUAACGGAAAAACUGUCCACAAAACGUUUGGUUUACCUGUCCCGAUGUUCUCUGAUUCAUCUUCAAACGUUAAACCUAAUUCAAAUCAAGGUAGAUAUUUAAAGAGUGUAGAUGUUUUUAUUUGGGAUGAAGCUCCUAUGUCUCCUAGAUAUUCUUUAGAGAUAAUCGACAGAACGCUGCGACAUAUAAUGAAUAUUGACGUACCAUUUGGUGGUAAAAUGAUGAUAUUAGGAGGAGAUUUUCGUCAACUUCUUCCUGUUCUAACCCAUGCCACUCGAAGUGAAAUGGUUAACUUAUCAAUAAAAUACAGUCAUUUGUGGAGAAAUUUUCAUAAAUUUACGUUAUCACAAAAUAUGCGAGCGUUACCAGAAGAAAUUGAAUUUUCACAGUUCUUGCUGGAUGUGGGCGAUGGAAAAUUAAAUGAUGUAAAUGAUAACCUUCUUCUACCUGAGGAAUGUCCUGUUUCUAAAGCUGAUAAUAUCGUUGAAUAUCUGUAUGGAAACAUUAUAAGGACGCAGUGUUUCAACGAACUUACUGGAUCAGUUAUUUUAUCACCAAGAAAUGUUGAUGUUGAUAUUAUCAAUGAACAAGUAGUUGAACUUCUAAAUGAAACGACUGAAAAAAUUUAUACGGCUAUAGAUAGUACCGAAAAUUGUGAUGAUGGAGACAUGACUGACGCAAUUUUGCCAGAAUAUCUCAAUACUCUUAAUCCCCCCAAUUUUCCACCUCACAAACUACGCUUGCGAAAAAAUACUAUAGUGAUGUUGAUAAGAAAUUUGAACUUAAGUGAAGGAUUGUGCAAUGGAACGAGGUUGAUGGUACUGGAUUUAUCAACUAAUGUCUUGCGAUGUAAUAUAUUGACGUGUGAUAAGGCUGGAGAAAUUGUAUUUAUUAAUCGUAUUACACUAUAUUGUGAUAAUGUUUACCCUUUCACAUUUAAAAGACGCCAAUUUCCGAUAAAAUUGCAUUUUGCAUGA